AACAUCGUCUCUGUCUUUGGUCUCGACAACUUCUGCGCGAUUGUCCCCAAGGAUCCUCACACCGAUAUUGGCGUUGCCGAAGGCUCAGGCACCAAGACUUACUGCACUGACAAGGCUCGCUACGACAAGGUCAACCAAGGUCGCCUUCCUAUCGAUUUCAUUCAGCCUGGUCAGGCAAAGUUUGCCGUUUGGGGAAUCCCUGGAAAGAACCAAACUCGUCAGAUCACUGGUUGCAUCAAUGCAUCCCAUCUCAGUCGCCUUAACCCUAGGGACCAAGGUGGCCAGUUUGACAAGCGUGGUUUCUACGUUCAGCAAAUAGAGCCUGCUAACAAUCGCUUCUGCCUCCGUUGCUGUGAGGUAUGUAUUUGCGUGUUCUCUCGUUGCCUCUCUCUCUCUUGUUCUGCUUUUUUACCCUUUACUACACACACACACACACACACACACCCGGCUCCUCUUCGGAUCAGCGAACCAGUUAUAAAAUAUGGCUUCACCAUUCCAUCAUUUCCUGAGUUCUUUGAGAGCCCCUGACUGUUUCGUUGGCAUUGAUGGAUUGAUUUGACUGACUGACUGAAAAUACUCUUCGUAGAAUAACGCCGACUGUGACCACACGAAGGACACGAAAGGCUGUGAAGUCGCGAUUCCUGGCUAUUACGGUCCUAACUGCAUCUGAGGGUUCGACCGUCGUUCUCUUCACCGUGCCCAUACCUUUGGGGCUU